AUGGCUAGAUUCACAAUCAUAGAUGUCUUAAAUAAAAUUCGAGAGGAGAUCAUUAAAAAAAUGAAUAAAUUUUUUGAUAAAUUUAAGAAUACUUUCUGUAGUCCUAUAAAUAAUACAGAAUUCUUAUUUAAAUACAUAUUUAAGGAUAAAAGAACUAUUCUGAUUUUUUUCUUAGGUAUCCCAAGAUUUUAUAUUGUUUUACUAAAUGAAGUAAACAAUAGUAUGCCUCCUAUUUUUGAUAGUAAUGGGAUUGAAAUAAUUGUCAUAAAAUCUUCUUUAUUUGAGAUGACGCCCCUUGUAGAUUUAGGUAGAUUCAUUCAAAAUAUUAAAAGACUAUUUAUCGUACUUUACAUAAUUUCACAUAUCUUGGAUAUUGCAUAUGGAAAUUGUAAAAAAUUUUAUCCUAUUAUCAUUAUCUUAAUUUUCCUUGGCACAGAAAGCAUUAUUACAAGUAGUAUUAUAGAGAUAAUUAAAGAAUACUUUGGAAAUAAUAUUCAUUUAUCUGAUAGUGGAAGGUCUAGUGAUGAUGGAUCACCAGGUCCUUCUGGUGACAAUGGAGAAUCUAAUAGUAAUCCUGAAAACAGACCUUACUCACCUGAAACAGGAGAUCAAAAUGACCCAUCUAAUAACUCUUCAGAUAAAUCCAAUAGUAAUUCAGACAAUAAACAAAAUAAUAAUGAUGAGGAAAAUAAAAAAAAUAGAAGUGAAGAACCGUCAACACGUGAACAAGAUGUAUUAACAUCUGAACAAGAACCGUCAACACCUGAACAAGAACCAUCAACACCUGAACAAGAUGUAUUAACAUCUGAACAAGAACCAUCAACACCUCAACAAAAUCCUGUUGAACUAGAAAAUAACCAGGAAGAACCUCGUACUCCUAGACCAAAUCCAGAUCAUGUACCUGAAGACCAUACACGAGCUCCUAAAAAACCUCAGUCAGUUCAACCCCCUUCAGAUCAUAGUGUAAGACCUCCUCCAUUUGAUAUGUCUCGAUAUAUAGAUCCAAAUGAGCCUAAUACGGUAUGGUUAAAUAGUCCAGAUGACGUAUAUUCAACUUAUUUUAAUGAAGAAUCUUCAGAUAGUUCUAAUGGAGCAUAUUCAGGUAGUCAUAAUGGAACAUAUCCAAGUAGUUCUAAUAGACCAUAUUCAAGUACUAAUAGACCAUAUUCAGGUAGCCAUAAUGGAACAUAUCCAAGUAGUUCUAAUAGACCAUAUUCAAGUAGUCCUAAUAGAACAAAUCCUAAUAUUACAAACACGGAAAAUCCUCGUAGUACAAAUGCAUUAGGAUUAACUUUUGACCCUAAUGAUGAUCCUCAAAAUAUUGUUCGUCCAACAUUAAGUACAGAUUCACCUAAUUUAUACGUAAACAAUAAUAAUUAUUAUAAUGAAAUAGAUUUUAAUAAUAACCGAUAUUUAUGGACUAUUGAAGAAGAAACAGAAAGUUCAAGUCCUAGUCCAAGUUCAAGUUCAAAUUUAAGUCCUAGUUCAAGUUCUAGACCUAGUCCUAACCCUUAUUAUAGUUCUGAUUCAAACUAUAGUCCUAGUCCAAAUUCUAGUUCAAACCCAGGUUUAAGUUCAGGUUCAAGUUCAAGUCCUAGUUCAGGUACAAGUCCUAGUACAGGUUCAAAUUUAAGUCCUAGUUCAAGUUCAAGUACAAGUUCAAGUUCAAGUUAA